GCCUAGGGUGCUCGGACCUGCGGCCGCUCUCCGCUCGUCCUCACCCCUCCGUCCCGCCCCGUCCAGCCCGGGCAGCCCGGCUCCCGUAGGCCCCCCACCGCUGCCCGCGUUCCUAUGGACAGAAGCACAGACACCUGCAGGAAAGACACUGCCGACCCUGUAACAUGGAGGAUUGUCUUCAUACCUCAUCUGAGAAUCUGUCCAAAUUGGUCAGCUGGGCCCACAGCCAUGGGACCAUUUGCAGCCUCAUUCCAAACUUGAAACACUUGCUUUCUGAAGGUUCCCAUGGGAACCUGACCGCAAUGUGGGGCUGCAGUGCUGGCCAUGCCUACCACUGGCCACUAACAGCUACCUGCAGAGCUGGAUCACAAGAGAGAGUCUGUUUCCAAGACAACAGAAGUUUUAACUCUGAUAGUCCCAGUAUAAUCGGGGUGCCUUCUGAGACACAGACGAGCCCUGUUGAAAGGUACCCUGGGAGAGCAGUGAAAGCAAAGCUCGACUGUAAUCGGACCAGAGACUCUUGUGACUUCUCUUACUGCAGUGAGCCCUCUGAACUUGACGAAGCCGUGGAAGAGUAUGAAGAUGAAAACACCCUGUUUGACAUGGUUUGUGAAUCUUCUGUUACAGAUGAGGAUAGUGACUUUGAACCUCAAACCCAAAAGCCUCAAAGCAUCACUCGCAAAAGGCCAGGAGUAGUCCCGUCUUCCCUCCAUUCAGGCUCCCAAGUGCAGAUGAUUGACGAGUGCAGCAAUGAUGUCAUCAUCAAGAAAAUCAAACAAGAGAUUCCGGAAGAUUAUUACAUUGUGGCAAAUGCAGAGCUUACAGGAGGGAUAGAUGGCCCAGCCUUAUCAUUGACACAGAUGGCAAAACCCAAGCCUCAGACUCAUGCUGGUCCCUCCUGUAUAGGAUCUGCUAAGCUGAUUCCCCAUGUAACGUCUGCCAUCAGCACAGAGCUAGACACACAUGGUAUGUCUGCAUCCCCCUCUGUGAUUUCCAGACCAAUCAUUCCAAAGACUGCUAGAGUAUCUCUGGCUUCACCAAACAGAGGACUCCCUGGCGCCCAUGGCACCAACCAGCAGGCAGCCUUGCAGAUGCCUGUGAGUACAUCUCAUCCACACAAACAGAUCAGUAUUCCUUUGUCUGCCCUGCAGCUACCUGGACAGGAUGAGCAAGUUGUUUCUGAAGAAUUCUUACCCCAUCUGCCUAGCCAGAUCUCAUCUUGUGAGGUGGCCCUUUCUCCCUCAGUGAACACAGAGCCAGAAGUGAGCUCCAGUCAACAGCAGCCUCCAGUCGCUCCGACCAUAAAAACUGAAGCCACAGCACAGUGCAUACCAGACCAGGAUGAAAGAGCAGCUGAGCUCAGCAGGGAGCAGAACGAGAAAACCAUCCGGAGCACACAGACUGCGCUCCGCAAUUUCCCUUAUUCUACUAAGCUCAACAAAUUUCCUGUAUUUAAUAUUAAUGAUGACUUGAAUGAUCUGUGUACCAGUGCAGUAAGCCCAAAUACUACUAAAGCCACACGGUACGCCCUGAAUGUGUGGCGAUAUUGGUGCAUGACCAACGGGCUCAGAGAUCACACGGACAUCACCAAGAUCCCUGCAGUGAAGUUGAAUGAGCUGCUUGAAAACUUUUAUGUCACCGUUAAGAAGAGUGACGGCUCAGACUUCCUGGCGACCUCGCUGCAUGCCAUCCGCCGAGGCUUGGACCGCAUCCUGAAGAAUGCGGGUGUGGGCUUUUCCAUCACCAGCAGCACCUUCAGUUCUUCCACCAAGAAACUCAAGGAGAAGCUGUGGGUGCUGAGUAAGGCAGGGAUGUCGGGUGCCCGUUCUCGAAAUAUCGUCUAUUUCUCUCUCUCUGACGAGGAGGAGAUGUGGCAGGCAGGGUGUCUAGGGGACGACAGCCCUAUCACUCUCCUGUCCACUGUGGUCAAGUACAACAGCCAAUACCUGAACAUGCGGACACUGCAGGAGCAUGCAGAUUUGAUGUAUGGUGACAUUGAACUGCUCAAAGACCCACAGAAUCAGCCCUACUUCGCCCGGACAGACAGUGUCAAGCGGGAGAGUCGGAGCGGUUCCACUAGAGUGUGUCACGGGAAAAUCUACCAUGAGCAUUCCAGGGGCCACAAACAGUGCCCGUACUGCCUCCUCUACAAGUACAUGUACAUCCACCGGCCACCCACCCAAAUGGAGGCCAAGUCCCCCUUCUACCUGACUGCCAGGAAGGAGGCCACAGACAUGGGCAGCGUGUGGUAUGAGGAGCAGAGGAUGGGACUCCGGUCUCUUCGGGGAAUUGUCCCAAACUUAGCCAAGAAGGUAAAGCUGGAAAACUGUGAGAACUUCACUUUCGUCUCUUUUACUCAGGUCUCCAGGAGGCUUGGCUCCCACAGCUGCUGCCAGUGAGCCCUCCCUGGGUCCAGCCCUGCCUGGCCCACCCUCAGAGGCCAGAGGCAGUAGCAACCCAGAGCUCUGAGGUGGUGUGUGACUCCAUGGACCUGCUGGUCUUCGUCAGUGUGGCCUGCUAUCCCGCUGACUUGGAGUUUGCUUUUUAAGUGAAAGUAGGUGAAUCUGAAUAAUUCGGCUAUUUUAUCCAAAUAUGUGUCAUGUUCACUGAACCAUAAAAGCAAACCUAAUAUAUAACUGCUGUCAACAAGAGUGAGGAAAUUAAUUUUAUCUAGUGCCUUUUUAGCACAGGUUCUCUGGAAAAAAGAAAGACAAAAAUCAGAACUGUUUAAGUACCAUUUUUAAAAAUCCCAGUAGCCCAGUAGCUUUACAAUGUUAUGAAGGUUGUACACGUUGUCGAAUUACAUUCACAGUAAGGAGCUAGGAAGAGGGAGGCGGACACGUUCAAGAAGAAUUGCACUCGACACUCCUCUGUGUUUUGCUGGUGGAUGACUUGUCCCACAGAGCAGGCAGCCUCGCUUGAGAAUGUCCCGAAGCAUCUGCUGGGGCACAGGGCCUGCUCACUGCCGUGAUUGAUCUCUGCUGUCAGUGGAGAAAACUUUAUGAAAAGAAGAUUAAUGCACCAAAAGGGUGUUUGUAAACAAGGUUUCCAGUGAACUAGUCAGUUCGCACAACACAAGAGAAUUUCCAGUAGUUCACUAAGAAGAAACAGCUUGGGAAAGCUACAUGUGAUCCAAAUGUGAAAACCUCUGAAGCAGAAGUGCCUACAUCUUAGUUCUCAGUACCACGUGAGAGCGCUUUUCAUUUGAACAUUUUGUAGAGGUUGUUGUUCUUUUAAAUCUGUUCUUCAUGUCAUAGUUACCCUGUCAGCGUACAGCACUGGAUGUGUAAAACAACUAACAGGAAUGUUUAGGCUUAAGUAGGAAAGCCCAACAAAACAAACCACAGGGAAACAAAUCCCCAAAUGUAUUUAUUAAAAGCUCUGAAAUAUUUUUUUAAUCAAAGUAUGACUUUUUGAGCCACAAUGGAUGUCAUCUUUUUAGGAUUAGCACAGAUGCUUGGGACGCAGUGACUUGGGCAGUCUACCAGGUAAGCAAACCCAGCAUUCAGAAUGUAGUGGUAAAGUCAGAGCAUAUUGACAAAUUAUAAAAUGCAGUGUGAAACUGUUUCACUCAGGUAAACUCAACCUGACCACUUGUUUUAACAUGAGCAGAGCCAGGCGUGGUGGUGCAUGCCUGUAAUCCCAGCACUUGGGAAACUAAGGCGGGAGGAUCGCUGCAAGUCUGAGGCCAGCCUGGGCUACAUAGAGUUCAAGGCCAGAAUUACAUAGCAAGACCCUGCCUCAAAAGACAAAAAUUAAAUAAACAAACACAUCAGAAUUUUCUGGUAACUACUCUGAAUGCAACAAAAAGUGACAAAAGAGCCCAAAGAGUACUAACUAAAAAUAGUAGUAAUUUCUAGGUGUCUUUAUUUUGUAUUUGGGGAAAGACUGCUAUAUCUUUAUAUCAUUUUGUUCCUGUGUACACUUUCUAAUCCCAAAUUAAAAUCUCAAUGCAAAUUCAUUUUGUAGGAAUCUUAAAAGUCAGCCCUCCCUAUUUCUUUCUCAAAGCAUUAUUUCAGUAUUUGUUUUAAAAUCAUACACUGGUCACUGAACUAUGUGAUACUUUACCAGAGAAUACUCAACCAAUGCUGCCUUAAGGUCUAAUGGUGUACCAUUUCUAGUUACUGCACAUUUAAAUUCUAGUUUACUAGUUUCCUGAGUAAAGAUUAAUUUUGGUAUAUCUUUAUAUGUAUAUAAAUAACAAGUAAUAGUAAUAGUGCUAUGACUUGAUAUUGCCUGUUGUUCUAUUGUGAUUUCUUGUAGUGAUUUUAGGGUUUUGUUUAAGAAGAAGUAGACACAUAUUAGGUACAGUUUCCUUUAGUUUGCUAAAUACCCAAAGGAUAUUGUGUUUGUGGAAGCGAAAUGGUGAUUUUCUUCUCAGUCCUGCACUUAAACUGAAAUAUAACCUAUAUGAACUGUCACCACGUCCUACAGCCUAAUUUAAUAAAACCUCCAUUUUCAUUUUAAAUAGGUUCAAGAAGAAAAAUUAAUAGGAAUCACUGGGAUUGUUUAAGAUUUUAACAUAUCCAAAAGUAGCACUAGUUGGUCCAGAGGUUGUAACCCUUCUGUUGAGUAUGGCUUUUCAGCAGCUGAGUAACCGUCCCUGCCCAAGUUAGGUGGCUAUCACCUCUUGAUGUUUUAUAAAUCCCUAGCGUAUUGAAGGAAAUGAUUAUACUAAAAGACCAGAGGGGCAAAACUUCAGUGACACCAACUGUAAUGAAAGAGCUGUUUUUCAGCACCCUAAAUGCUAUUUAUCACAGGCUUCCUUGGAGAAAGGGACAGGGGAGAAAACAUGUAUCAAAUGCUGCCAUGUGCCACCUAUCGUCUCUGUUAUGUAUGGUGCACUGUGUAUAUGUGCAGAUACAUACACCCUGUAACUUCCCAUGCGGUAACUCCGUGAAGACCUGGCCUGUGUGCCAAAACCCUGUAACCCAUGUGUAUGGCUGCACCUGUCCUCAGAGGACAUUGAGGAGGGCAGGAGAGCUCUGUCUAGCUGACCUUCAGUGGUUGUGUUCUUCCAAUCAGCCUUGUGCCACCUCCUCUGAAGACCGUGAUUGUCUGCUCUUAGCUAAGAAAGAAGAAUCCCAAGAGAAGAAAGAGGGGAGGUUAAGAGCAUUUUUUUCCACUUACCUUUGAGUAUUUGUGCUCCUCAGUUGUUGGGAAUGAAUAUCAAAAAUUCACAAGUUUGCCUAUAGUACAAGUUGCUUCCAGGCCCUGCAUGAGGAAUGGGGGUGCUGCGGUGUGUCAGGACCUGUAGGGGUCUUGGGGAGCUCACACCACAGCACCUCCUGUGUCUGCUCUGGGUCCCGCCUCCCAGAAUCCAGCAGCCUCCUUGCUGGGAGUUGAUUUGGCAGGGAUAACAGGGCAUCAGCUUGAUCAGUUAGAUCUAACUAAAUAUAGAGUUUGACAUAGUGCUAUGCACAUCAUAAACAUGCAAUAAAGGUUGAGUUUUUCACUUAAUCUUCAUUGCAUCACUGUUUCUUCCACUGCGGACAUUCUGUGUCCCUUAGACUGUUAAACCUGAAGAGGAAACCAAACCUAUAACCUGAUCAAGCCAACAAGUUUAUGCCCAUGAUUUCUACCUCCAACAUAUCCAAGCCCCGAUACCUCCAUAUAAGCAAAAACAAAUGAAGGAAGAGCAGAAAAACCUUAAGAGGCUUUACUGGAAAAUUCAUCCAUUGUACAUUUGCAGAGGGGAAAAAAAGGAAAAGUGUGGAAGCACCUAACCAAAGCUGUGAAAGAAAUGGCCUCUUCAGUCAUGUAGCGUCCAGCUUUCUUUGGAUUUUAUUCUGCAUUAGUCUGCCCUGACAGAUAAAUAGUAUUUGAAGAAAUGUGAAGUUCUGUUACCUUCAUUUUUAUUGAACUCAGUCUCAUUAAAAGCAUCAAGCACGUUGGGCAUAUUCAUACAAACAGGCAUUAAGAAAAUAAUAUUGAUGUAGAAACGAAAGCCACUUGCUACAGUUCAGAGAUUACUGGGAACUACUUCACUGCUGUCUUGUAGAGUGGGAUCAUCUCCUAGGAGAGCAGUGUUAACACCUUUGGGAUUCCUCAAUAGGAAUAUAGUUUUUCUGGUAACUACUUUAAAGACUUAAAAGUCAUAUAGUCUGGUGACACUCUGGGAGGCAGAAUUCCUAAGUCCUCCAUUAAUACCCUAAUCUAGCACCUCUUACUAUAUUGGGAGGUCUUCUUUAUGAAUAAGAUUUAACUUUUCUAGUUCCAAAACUUAGAGAAUUAUCUUUCUAUCUCUAAACAGCACAAGUUAUUUUUCUCAGUUUAGGUAUGGGUUCCACCCUGCACUGUUCGUUAUCAUUGAAAGCUCUAAAAGGUUCGCCAUCCCUUGAGGCUAAGACUGGCUACACUGUGCCUACUUAAAUAGGACAUUUAAAUAUUAUCCCUAUCAACAUGCAUCACUUUGCUGCUUUUAUGAAAUGUGGAUUGCUCACAAAUUUUAAACUCCUAAUCCUCUAUCUUUGGAUAUCAAUGAAUGCAAAUAAUGAAGACCUCAAUGAAGAGUUACUUAGUUUUCCCUAGGUAAGCUUCCGUUUAGUCCAGGUUAAGGCCACUACAUACAUAGAAGCUGUUAAGUGAGAGCUCUUCACAGAAUAUGCUGGAAGUUUCAAAUUUGUAUAUAAAUAGUUCGGCUUUGGGACUGAAUUUUUAAUGAUCUGUAUUAAAAGAAAAACAUGCAGUUGUUCAAGCCAUGCGCCUGGGUAAGGUUCUUUGUAUUUUUCCAUAUAAAUGAGUCAAAUUAAAACAUGAUGUAGAGCAAAUUGGUGAUCUAUAGCUGCACUGUUUUUCUGAGAGAGGAGGCAGUUGUGGGGAUGAUAAUUAAACUGACGUCUCUGGAAAUUCUCUAAUCUGGCAUGAUGUGUUCUGAUGGGAUAGGAUUUCCCAGAACUCCUCUGAGGGAAGUUGCUCGUGUGUAAUACAACAUUUGCCUGUAGUAAUGAUGAUGCUUUUGAGAAAUUCUAGGUUUUUUUUUCCUUUGUCUAGGACUGGGGGUUGUGCUGUCCUAUAUCCUCAGCCCUUAUAUUUUGUUUUUGGAGCGAGAGUCUUGCUUAAUUGCCCAGACUGGACUUGGAUUUGUGAUCCACCUGCCUUCCAAGUUGUUAAUUUUGGGAUUAUAGGUAUGCACCACCAUGCCUGGCAACAAAUUCUGCUUUACAGUUCAAGAUAUCCAGAGAUGUUCCCCAUAUUUAAUUGUUGAUUAGAAUCAUUGUUAUUCAAUUAAAGUGCUUUAUUAUCUGUCUAAUGUAGCUUAUAUGGAAAUUAAUCAUUUCAGGAAAUAUUUAAGACCAAAAAAUUGGGUAAUAUAUAGCUGCAUAGUGUUACAUUAAUAUUAAUAGUUAUUAGAUUCUCCACCCCACCCCGGCUGAGAGGAAAAUGGUCUCCUAAAUACUUUAUGGUCAAGGCAACUGAUUAAUUUGUAUUUAAUUCUAGUUAUUGUUAUAUUUACUGAUUUGCUCAAAUACAACUAUUUUGAAAGUUCAAAUUUGACCAACACUGUAGUAAGGGCUUCCUCCUAGCUGCCUCUUAUUCUCAUGUAGUUUCACAAUAGUUCUGCAAAGUACGUAUAAUAUUUCCCAUUUUACUUACUGAGAAACCAAGGCUCAGAUAAGGUAAGUAAACUUCUCAGUUCCUGCAGAACUAGUAAGUUGGAGAUUUAAAUUUGAACAUUGAUUUUCUGACUCCAAAUCCAGUGCUCAGUUGAUUAGAAAAAACUGCCUUCUUCAGGCCCAUAAAUGUCCAUUGAACUUCUAAAAAAUUAACAAGUUUCCACUUACUUUGUAGACAUCUCAUUUCUGAAGCUGUACUGUAUUACACCUUGUAUGUACUCUCAAUAAUUGAUUAGUUACCUGGCACCAUUUAAUAGUUCUUGGAAAGCCUGAUGUUAUUUUGUGAAUAACAAAUAGAAAAAGAAGGUUCUCCCUAUAGAGAACCUUCUGUCUUUAUCCAUUAAUUAAUUUAUAGUAUAUAUUACCUACCUUAAAAGACACAUGGUCAUGUCAGUUUACUUAAGUCAGUUAGACAUAGAAACUUUGGCUUAAUAUGAAAAGGAAUUCUUAAUCUGUAUUACAAUUAUGUACUAAAUAUUAGCAUUUUUAUAUAGUAUUUAGGCUGAGGUACUCUGAGCAAAACAUACUUGCUCAUUUGUUUUCUAUUCUUCAUCAGGCCAUAUUUAGUUACUCUUUAAAGACUUAAAAGACAGUGAAUUAUAGGUGACUCCCAGGUCAUCUAGCCAAAUUCCCUUAUUUUAAAGCCCAGAGAUAUUAAAGAGCCUGUUGAAGGUCAACCAGGCAAUAGUAGAUUCAGAACUAGAAAAUUAGUCCAGAAUUCUUUAUUCCAUAUCAUAACUGAGAAGAUUUAGAUUUUUAAAAUUAAUGAUACAACAUCUGUCAAAAUGACACUGGGUCUAGCCAAACAUGGUGACACAAAUCUGUAAUCUCAGCACUCGGGAGGCUGAAGCAAGAGGAUUGCCACGAGUUUGAUGCCACCCUGGGCUACUUUAGUGAGUCAAAGCCGGCCUGAACUACAUAGUGAGACCCUGUCUCAAAAAGAAAAAAAGGACAAAAAAAAAAAAAAGACAUUGGGCUGAGGAAGCCCCAGUGAGUUUCUCUUACCUUCUUAGAAGAAGACCCAUAAUGACCCAGAAAACCAAAAUCUCAAAUCUGAACUCUAGAGGGGAUUGACAGUUGCCAAGGCAUAGGGAGGUGGAUGAAGAAAACCCUGCAGAUUGUAUUCCAAUCUUUGUCUUCCAUCGAUGAAAGGGAAAUGCUGUGAAAUUUAAAAUUUGAAAGUGAUUUAGUGUAUGUCUUCCUCCCAACCGUGUAUGCCUCCUUAUCCAUGGUCAAGAGCUCUCGAGCUGGACAGAUUACAGACUGACCUUAAACAGAUACUUCAGCGUGAGGAGAAGGGUCUGAAUCCCACCCUCUCUUCCUUUUCCCCAAUAUUCUUCCUAUUCGUUCAGCUUGGGCCUCCAGAUCCUCAGGCCAAAACGUGAGCAGACAGCAGGGAGGGACCAGUAGACGCCCGGUGUCUUCUGAGAAUAAAGCCUCUUACAGCCAAGCAGAAAUAGCCAGUGACUGGGCAGUGGGACAUGCAGAGACCAAGACACAAGGUUGGCGCAAUGUUCAGAAAACCAGGCCACAGGAAGGAAUGUGGUACUACUUAAGUAGAAAAGUAGUAAGCCAGAAACUGGACCUAGAGAUACACACAUCACCUUACCAUCAACCUGAGACCUGACUGGAAGAGGAUCUGAAAGUGGACAGGGAAUGGGAAGAAGGAUCUACAUCCAAGAAAGAGUACAGGAAGAGAAGCAAAAAAGCAAAGCGAGGCCUGGAAAGAAAAACGGAAAACAUGUGAAAGGAAAAUGAACAGUUUCCAGGACACUCUUGAAAAUGUUGCUUCCAGCAGGGUGUGAUAACACACGCCUAUAAUCCCAGCACUCGGGAGGCUGAGGCAGGAGGACCCUUGCAAGUUUGAGGCCAGCCUGGCUACAAAGUGACCUUGAGACCAGCCUGAACUGCAUAGUGAGACCCUGUCUCAAAAAGACCAAAAAAAAAAAAAAAAGGAAAUAAAAUGUUGCUUCCAUGCUUCCACAAAAGGUUACCUUAAGAUGGGAACAGGUUAAAAGAAAAAGUGAGGGGGCUGGGGACUUAGCUCAGUGGCAUAAGCGCCUGCUUUGCAAGUGUGUGGUCAUGAGUUCGAACCCUGGUACCGAUAAAAAAAGAAAAAGAUUUUUUAAAAAAAGAAAGAAAAAGUGAGAGGCUGGGGAUUUAGCUCAGUGGCAUAGCACCUGCCUUGUAAGCGCAUGGUCGCAAGUUCGAUCCCCAGCACCGGUAAGAAAGAAAAAGAAGUGAGUAGAAUAAAAUGGAAAAGGAAAUAAAUUAGACAGAUUUCGCAGAACUUAAAACACAAUAGCAGAUUAAAACCCACACUGGAAAAGAACAAUAGAUAGUUUUAAAACUCAAUUAUAUUAAGGACAUACUUAAGACUUUUUAAAAAAUAUGUAAUAACGGGGGGCUGGGGAUUUAGCUCAGCGGCAUAAGCACCUGCCUUGCAAGCAGGCAGUCGUGAGUUCGAUCCCUGGUACCAAUAAAAAAAAAGAAAAAGACAAAAAAAAAAAUGUAAUAAUAAACAUCUUUUAUUAAUAAAAAAUAAAAUGAAAAUGGGGAGAAUAGAUAAGAAAAAUAAUAUUACUGGCACUGCUGAAAUGGGCAUUUCUAGUAGGAAGACUAUCAUACUGUGAAAAAUAUUAGACUAUAAGAAUUAAAUUUUUCCUGACAGAAUGAAAGAUCUAUGUUUAUAGAUUAAAAAAGACUCACUGCCUUCCAGGAUUCCCCCCACACACACACCAAAAAAACAAAAGGUGAAUGGGACCAAUAGUUAGGAACUUACUGGUAAAAAUGAUAAACCAUCCUCAGGCAUCCAGUUAAAAACUAGCAAGAUGCUUACAAUGAAACGAACAUCUGGCUUCAGACUUCUGCUCUGUAGGAUGGCACUGAAUGGCAGGAAACCAUACGGGAUUUUGACAGGAUAAAUUCCACCUUUGAAAUUUCAAACGUAUGUUAAUAUAUAGAAUGUUUUUAUGAUAAGCAUGCAGAAAAUAGCUAUGUACUGGUCAUAGAAAAAUAAUUGUAUUUCAGUCUAUAAAGCUGUUCUAAACCAUAUUUGUCUAAUACAAUUUCAAGGGAUACAGGUAUUGAACGUCAGGUCAUCAUCCCCUAGCAGAAGAACAUGUAUACUUUUAAGCAGGAAAAAUCACAUGUGUGGAAGUACCCACAGUCUCCGUCUGAACGAGCUAAAUUAAUCAAGAUGGACCUAACAAUAAUUGCAGUGCUAUAGAGUUGUUUUAUUUUUAUUACUGAAAUAAUGUAUGUUAAUGAUAGUAUAAGUAGAAAAUUCAGACAUGACUUCUACAAAUAAAAUAUAACUUAUUUUUGAUUUCCCCCACAACCAGUUUAAAUACUAUUGUGAAAAAAAUCCAUUGCUUCUAGCCGGGUGUGGUAGUCAUACAUGGAAUCCCAGCCCUGAGGGUGCUGAGGUAGGAGGACCACAAGUUCCAGACCAGCCUGGGUAUCGAGACCCUGUCUCAAAGCAAAACAGUGUCAUUGCUCCCCAGUGAGCCUCGGCCAGGCUCCCUAUCUUUCCUCUGACAUUUGACAGCGGCAAGUUAAGCUUGCCAGAUCCCUUCCACUGCGGUUCCUCCUCCUCACACAAGAACAGCUACCAGGUGACAGUUUACCAAAUGCAUCUCUUAAAAAGCGAGUAAGACAAAAAAUGAAACUUGUUCUGCAGUGCAAAUGCAAGACUUCAGUUUUAACUGCAGAAAGUCAGCCGGGCAGUGAGGUGCUUUCCUUAACUCAGAUUUUAGGGCACUCUGCUGUAAUUCAAACACUAAGGAUUGAGGCUGUGGCUCAGUGAUAUAGUGCUUGCCCAGCAUCCUCAAGGCUGAAUUUGACCCCAACACUGUAUUAAUUAAGGAAAGAAAAAAAGCAGUAAAAACAAAUUCUGGGGCCCACAAUGUCAGCAUUAGCAUGACAGCUGGGUUUGUGGUUUUAUUUUUUCUUGUACUGGAAGACCUUGGAAACCUGGAACACAGAGUAUCAUCAGCCCCAAUGCCUGGCUCCUUCCUGGCCCUACACCAAUUUCAUCUGUGCUCCGAGUUGUCUGCCAAUUUAAACUCUCAACUCAAUUUUCAAUGACACCAGCAUGUUUGCUUUAAAUUUAGCAAUAAAACAGUUCACAGACUGCGUUUGCAUAGUUUUUCAUUCUGAAACAGCAAAACCUUCCUGAAGAGAUGGAAAGAAUCUCUUUUUGGUAGAUUUCAAGUCUAACCUUUCCCAGAGUCCUCUUGCCUAGCUGUAACUGACAAAGUCUAAUUUAACCACUUAGGUAAGAAACACAGUACUUGCAUUUCAAGGCAUAGUCUUUUUUAUGUGGUUAUAUUUUUCAAAUAUCAACAAAAUUGUCUCUCUUAUGUUUUCAUUGUUCUGGAUAUGUAUUUUUUUAACAGAGAAAGAUGCCCAUAUUUCUUAACACUGGAAACAUCAUUCAGAUGGAUGUUCUAUAACUUGAAUAAUUUUACUGUACCACGUCCAACUCUUUCCCCUCAGUGGCGGCUGCCCUGGGCACACACUCGUGCAUGUGGAAGAACAUGAGUGGGGAAGCAGGUGUCCUGUCGUUUUCUGUCGAGGCUUGUCAGCAAUAGAAAUAAUUUAUUGUUCAUCUAGUCCAGCCCUCUAGUUGAUAAUCUCGUAGAGUCUGUUACCAAUUUGCAAGGUUCUUGAUUUUUAAAAAACAAAAUUGUUGCUUUAUGUACAUGGAGCUUGACUGUUUAACCCAGAUUUUUUUUGAAAAAUAAAAAAAUAUACUUUA